AUGAUCAGGGGAAUAGGAAGGAGAGCAGGGAAGGAUCAGGAGGAGAGAUUGAUAAGGAAGGAAAUGAAGGAAAUAUUCAGGGGGAUGAAAGAUAAAAAGGUGGUUGGAAUAGAUGGAGUGCCGGCGGAAGUUUGGAAAUAUGGAGGGGAGCAGAUGGAGGAAUGGGUUGGGAGGUAUGCGAUAGAUGGGAGGAGGAAUAUUAGUAGGGGCAAUGAGGGAGAGAGGAAUGAGGGAAGGACUGCAUUCAUCGAGAAAAUAGAACUAUCGUCUCUCACGGAGAAAAUGGAGAACUAUAGAGGGAUAUCGUUGCUUUGCACAGCGUACAAGAUCUACGCGGAGGUGUUGAGGAAAAGGUUGAAGGAUGAGGUCGAGCAUGGGACCCUAGUGCCCGAGAGCCAAGAUUUGAGCUCGGCCUUUGACAAUGUGAAUAGGAAGGAGCUAUGGGAGAUACUGGAGAGGAAAAACAUCAAUGGGACACUAAUACAGAGGAUGAAGGAAAUUUAUGAAGAUACGAGAGCAGCAAUUAGGACGAAGGAUGGUCUAUCGGAAGAAUUCAAGACGAAGAAGGGGCAAAAAAAUAGGGAGGCUAUCGUGGAUAUGAUGGGGACUUUAGAAGGAUUUUUAAGGGAAAGGAAACUAAAAUUAAAUACUGGAGAAUGCGAAAUAGCAAAAGACUGGUUUGAGGAACUGGGAGACUGCGUAGAGGAAAGAAUAAGCAGGUUGGAGAAUGAUAGCUUGGAUGAGAGGAAAGAAAAAGUGUUAAAACGCGUCGGACCGUUCGAGGGUGACACUCCCCAAAUUGGUGAGGAAACUAAAGAAACGCCAAUCAAGAAGAAGCGAUUAGCGGCCAUUGGCAGGCACUCCAAUGAAUGA